AUGUCGGUCAGAAACACUCUCGCUAAAUACACCCCGUGCGACAUUUCCGACGCAUUGGCCAAUUACGGCUUGAAAAACGGCGGUUUCAUCCCCAAUCUCGUCCAGAGAAGCCCUAUUGGAAACACCCCAAACUCAGAUGCCUCUUCUGCGGUGGGACUAGCGUAUACUGUGCUCUACGCUCCUAAACUGGAUCCUCGUCCAGCGGUGAAACAGAGCUACAUUGACGAAAUCCCCAAAAACAGCAUGCUUGUGAUGGCUGUCACCGAGGAACUUCAGCAGACCGUGGCUCCUUAUGUCAAGGUAAACAACGCGUUGUACGGCGGCUUGAUGCUGACGAGAGCCAACUACAGGGAGGCCGCCGGGUCGGUCAUUCUCGGCCGGAUCCGGGACUUGGCUGAGCACAACGACCUCAACUACCCGGUGUGGAGUUACGGAGUAGGCACUACUGCUGGCCAGCCUGUGGUGAAGGUUGUGGGCAUCAACGUGCCUGUUUCGGUAAAAGUGGCUAGUGUUGAUGGCGAAGAGACGAUUCGUGUUUUGCCCAACGACAUUGUGGUGGCUGACCAGAACGGGGUGGUGAGAAUCCCUAUUGGUCACACGGAGGGUCCUGAAGCGGACAUUGACCUCGAUAAGGUGUUGGAUUACAUUCCCAAGCGUGUGAAUGCUGACACGCAUGUGAGUGAGGACAUCAAGGCCGGUAAGCCUGCUGCCGAGAGCCAGAAGUUCUGGCGUGGAAAGAUCUAG